AUGCAACACGCGACGCACUCGUAUCAGUACACCUACUCGCAGGCACGAGGAGCGCACCCGCACGCCCAGUUCCCCUCGUACGCCUCGGCUCGCCCACUCGACUCGCUCCAGUCGCCCUCGCCGCCCUUCGUCCGUGCAGCAGACCCGCUCGCCCUCCCUCUCUCGUCGUCUCCUGCACCGCCAGGGACGCGCGACAACCCCCUCAUCCCGAAACGACGCCGGCGGACGACGCCCGCCGAACUCGCCCAACUCGAGCACUCGUUCGCGCUCAACCCGCGCCCGGACCCGAUCGAGCGCGCAAAGAUUGCCGAGAGGCUGGGAAUGACGGCGCGCGCCGUGCAAGUCUGGUACCAGAACCGCAGGCAAAAGGAGAAGAAGGACUCGACGCCGUCGUCGACCUUCUCUUCCGCGUCGUCGAUCGCCUCGUCCGGAUCCGACCCGAAAGACCUCGACGGCGUCGCGCUCUCGUUCUCCUCGUCGCCCAUGGGUAGCCCAGCCCUCCCACUCUACCCGACAACCGCGCCCGUCGCCGUUCCUCACGCGCUCAAAGCCCUCGCACCGAGUCGCGAGCUGUACUCGUCGGCACCCGCGUCUGCGUCACUGACGGCCGCCGCCAACAAGGAAAAUGCUGGCGUGUACACACCGUCGGGCUGGAGCGCUGCGGCGCAGUCGUCGUCGGGACGUCUCUCAGCCGCCGCCUUCCUCGCUGCCAACUCGAAGCCCGCCGCUCCUUCUCCCGCUUCCGCGCCCGCGCCCAUGCCAACCUACCAGUACUCCUACCCAUCCGGUCCCUCUCUCGGCUCUUCGCACCCCUCCUCUGCCCAAACAUCCUCCUCAACCGCCUCCUCAGACCCCUACAACGUCCCCUCCGUCUACCUUCACCGCCCUCACAACGCCUCCAUCAUCGCAGCAAAGAAGCACGUCAGGCGCCGACCGCUAGGAUCGCACGCUCCGCUCGCGCGCACGCCGAGCCUCAAGAAUACGUUCGAGUGGCCGCCUAGUCCGCCUAAGGCGCUUGGUGCAAGGGCGAGCUUGGGCGAGGUUGCGGAGCGGAGUGGGAGGAAGGGUGGGAACGACCAGGAGGAUGAGGCGGUGAGGGGGUUGUUUGCGCAUGCGAAGGGCGAGACGGUCGCUCUCCGCGCCAACGCACAGCGCAAACGUUCUACGACGCCGACCUCGUCCUCCCUCUCGGUCCCAACCACGACGACGACGCUCGAGACAGCCGCCUCGAAGCCGAUCAUGACGCCCGUCUCGAAGGCUCGCGCAAAGGACGAGUUGUUGAGGCACAUGGAGAGCGAUCCGCCUACGGCUAGUUCGCCUGCUGGACCGCCUGCGUCUGGCUUGACGAGGCGUGCGCUCGAGGCGCGGGACAAGCAGGACGCGGAGGACGAGGAGGUGGAUCAGUUGGCGAGUGAUGGGGAAGAGGAGGUGCGGAUGCAGGCGGCGCGGAAGCCGGCGCUUGCUAGGUCCAUGUCGGCGUCCUUUGCGUUCUCCGCCUCGAAGGGCAACUCGGUCCCGCCGUUCCAGCGCGCCCAGUCGCUCGGCCGGACCGUCUCGCUCGGGUCCUCCUCGACCGCGACUUUCGGCGCCGUCUCUUCCACCUCGACGACGCUCGAUGCGCUCGCCUCUUCAGGCUCGAACGACACGCCGUCCGCCUCGUCCCGCGUCGGCGCCGGUCUCGCAUGCGCCAUCGAAGCUCUCGGCCGCAAACGCGCCCGAAUCCUCGAGACCCAAGCCUCGCUCCCUCCUCCCGCUCUCGUCCCUCCACCGACUACCGCAGCGCCCGUGCGUCACUCGGCCGUCCUCGGACAGCGCAAGAGCGCCAAGAACAACGUCUUUGUCUCGCAGGCCAAGUCGUUGAGGUUGUUGUCUGGCGGACGGAAGGGCGCCGCGGGAUUGUCGCUCGACCUCUCCGGCGCGGUCACCGCGUCGUCCGCGCCUACCCGCGCACCGCAGCGGAAGAAGCGCCGCGUCUCGAGCGAGUCGGUCUCGACGGCUACGACGAUCGGAGAGGACGACCUCGCCGAACUGAGCUUCUCGUCCACUUCGACUACCUCGACGGUCGACUCGCUCGCGACCAUCUCGGAUGACGCCGAGUCGACGUCCGGCGUCAUGGGCUACUUUGCGUUGCCGGUCUCGAGCGCGUCGGCCACGGAGGACAAGGCGCCCGAGGAUGAGCAGCGCGAGUGUGCAGAGCUGUUGCUCGGGCUCGGCGGGUUCUGUUGA